CGUAGCAAACAAUCCAAUCCAAAUUCCAAAAUCCGACGUCGCAAAUCACUAAAUCCACUCUCGUUUUCGGCAAUCCAGAUCGUCCAUGGACAUCUGGAACCGAGCUCGCUCCUUCGCCGAGGAAGCGGCCAAGAAAUCGCACGAGCUCAGGCAGUCCAUCGCCGCCGCCAACCUCUCCGACGUCGUCUCCGAGGCCUCCAAGCGCUCCAAGGAGCUCGCCGAUCAGAUCACCGCUCAGAUUCCCCCCGCCGCCGUUGCCAACCUCUCCGACGUCGUCUCCGAGGCCUCCAAGCGAUCCAAGGAGCUCGCAGCCGAGGCUCUCAAGCGCGCCGAUCAGAUCACUGCUCAGAUUCCGCCCGCCGCCGCCGCCAUUACCAAUCUCGUCGACUCCAAGCCCCGCAUUGACGACGAUGACGCCGAUCUCGAAAAGUAUGGGGUCACUGAUGAGCUGAGGGACUUUGUCAAGGAAAUUACCAUUAACACCUUCCAGGAUUUCCCGCUAGAAGAUGACUCAGGGGAGUCUGAUGUUCCUAUGGUUUCAAAUAUCCGACAGGAUCUGACUGAGUGGCAAGAAAAGCAUGCGAAGCUUGUUCUAGUAACUGUGAAGGAAGUUUCAAAGCUAAGGUAUCAGCUGUGCCCACGAGUGAUGAAAGAAAGGAAAUUCUGGAGAAUCUACUUCAUUCUAGUUAAGAGCCAUGUUGCUCCAUAUGAAUUACUCUACAUGGAUGAUGUAAAGAAUAAAACUGCUGAAAAGGUGAAAGAUACUGAAGUGAAGAAAGUUUCAUCAGGUGUAACAUCUCCUGAAAAAGCAGAUGAGAUUACAAAACCCAAAAGCAAUAAUACAGAGAAAAAAGCUUAUGAGCAAGAUUUAGAUGCGUUUCUUCUUGGAGACCUUGAGGAUGGUGAUGAUGGUCAAGAUGAUGGAGACAAUGGCUUCGAUGACGAUUUUUGACUGGAUAUAGCUUGACCCAUUCAAUUGACGAUGAGUGGCCUAGUCUCACAGGAAAAUGAGAAAAGAUGGCCUAAUGCCAAGCAGGUUAGCGGACGAGAUGAUCGUAUUUUUGAGGUUCAGAAAAGAGCAGUGUUUGUGUUAUGAAGAUAGGCAUCACUGCACCAGGAUGCUGCAAAUUAGCUACAUAACAAUACAAUUAGCAAUCGUAAAUUCUGUCUUCUCUUGUUAUAUGGGUGAAGGGACUUAAGCCCCCAUCAUACUGUUGUUUGUUUCUAUUUUUCUAUUGUUAAUAUUGUCCAAAUUAUCCGAAAUCAUCUUUCAUCCUUA